AUGGAUCACAAAGUAGUUAUAGACUUGACUGGGUUUGAGCAGCUCUGCUUCAACUGCCGAGCGAUACUCGAGGAUGGACCUAAACAUCGCAUACAUGGAUAUCUUCUCUGUACAGAAUGCGCCGACAUUGUAUCGCUUCUUCGCGUGCACUGCUGGCAGGCAUGCCUUGUUUGCGCUCUGGCGGACGAGGCGGACGAUAUCGACUGCGAAGACGUCCAAAAUUUCUUGGACAAGCCGCAGUAUGAUUGGAAACACUGCGCCGUUUGCGAUGAGUCCGAGGGUCUUCUCUAUACUCCGUGUGGUAGGCAAACCCCCAGAGGCCACUCGCCCCUACACGGCUGA